GCUGCGGUGCAGCUGAACGCGCGCGCAGCGUUUCGAUCCCACCGGGUUCGACCCGAUUACUACAACAAACCGGUUUGUUUAUUUGUUUAUUUUCUUUAAAAAAAACAGUCGUGAACGGGCGCGAGAUGCCGUGUAACCCGAGCCGGAUGAGAGCGCGUGAGCGCGGGGAGUUUCUCUCCCUGCAGCAGCGUCAUGGCGGCGCGACCCGGAGCACGAGCUCCACCAAACCGCCCCAGCACCACGAGCACGCGCCGCCGCAGCCGCCCGGGGAUGGCGUGAAGGAGCGCGCGGAGGCGCCGCGGUGGCCGGAAGAGGACUGCAUGCGGCUGAACCCGUCCCUCAGGGGCAUCGCGCUCAGCUCCCUCCUGGCCAUCGACAUCCACCUGUCCAAGCGCCUCGGCGUGUGCGCGCACGCCUCGUCCUCAUGCAGCAGCGCGCGCUCCGUAGUCACCAUGCUCGCGCUCACCGGACACGGGCUCACGUGGCUCGGCGGCACGCUGGUGUGUCUGACCCGGAGCAGCACCGAGGCGGGACAGGAAGUGCUGGUCAACCUGCUGCUGGCGCUUGUCCUUGACAUCCUGACGGUGGCCGGAGUACAGAAACUAGUGAAGCGCAGAGGACCAUGGGAAAUUAACCCGGGCUUCCUGGACUGCAUUGCCAUGGACGUGUACUCGUUCCCAGCGGCUCACGCCAGCAGGGCGGCAAUGGUGUCCCGGUUCCUGCUGUCCCACCUGGUCUUGGCGGUGCCACUGCGGGUUCUGCUGGUCCUGUGGGCCUUCCUGGUCGGACUCUCCCGGGUUCUGCUCGGACAGCACCACGUGACCGACAUGGCGUGUGGCUUCGCACUCGGCUCACUCCAUUUCAGCCUGGUGGAGACGGUGUGGCUGCCGUCCAGCACCUGCCAGAUGCUGCUGUCUGUAGGGACGCUCAGCUGGAGCCCCUUCCACUAAAACACACACACACACCUGCAUCUUUUCUCAUCUUAUUCCUUGCCUUCAGAUGAAUUCAGCUAGGCCCCACCCACUAAUUUCCACCAUGAUGGGUUUCUUUGUUGCUAAUUUGCAUAAUAUGUGAAACCUACUUUUGUGACUCACCUUAUGAUUAUUGGCCAAUCUUCAAAAAAUUUACAUCACACAACUGAAAAGAAUGUGAACCUUCAUAAUGACAAUUAUCAAAAAAUGUGUUUGUAAACAAUAUGGCCGCCACACGACAAUCAGUUCUAAGUAGGCGGAACUUCAUUUACUCAAAUAGCUGUAAGUCAGGAUUGUGUCCAUGGAGUCACAUGAAACCUGAGAGGACAAGAUUCUGAGGUCUUGUGCAACAUUUGGGGCAUGGUCAUAAUUUUUUUUUUUUCAAAGAAGAAACCUUUAUUUGUCACAUGUACACUCGAACACAGACUUAAGCACACAGUGAAAUUUAACCUCUGUGUUUAACCCAUCUGAAGCA